CCAAAACCAGCCACUAGCCAGAGCUGUCGGUCGCGUUUUCUGGUGAUCCGUCGUGGUACAAGUUUAAUGUCGAAUCCUAUCGUGAAAUAGUGUCACUUCCGGUACCAGGUGUAUCACAGAGUAGUGCAGACGAUUAUCGUCAGUCAUUUUCGAUAGGUAUUAAUCGAAUACGUGUCCCUAAAGUGUAAUAAAUUGUGUCGGAAAAGUGGGCCCUUUGUUUGGUCGCGACCAUUGAAAACCAGCCAAGUUCUUCGUGGUCGUCGUCGUCGCCGUUGUCGUUUUAUUGCAGGGAAGGGGCGAAAAAUAAUAAGAAGCAAAAGUCGCUCACCACAUCACCUUAAUUUUUUUUUGUGUGUGCCGUGUGUUUGAUUGCCUAUGCUGCUCCUGUGGUGCGAAGAGUGUGUACCCGAGCAGCGCAUAAAUGUUGCUCUCACGAGAUCCCGUUUUAUGCUGCAGUGUUGGUGCGAUCGCGGGUCCACUCCAUGAAUGAGCGUGUGAGUAAGCAGAGUACAUCAGCAUAGUUUCGUACCCCCGACGGAAGUGUUGCCAUGGUUCGAGAAUAUGUAUAGAGAUAUGAGUGAACAGAGCGGAAAGGCCGAGGAUAUUUUUUGCGGUGAAUAGUUCCAAAAGAAUAGUUAGUGCCGGUGAAAAGGAUUUCAAUUUAAGUGGAUAUUUUUUAACAGUUGUACACAUUUCGAGUUUUGAUAAGGCUUUGGUCCCGCAGUGAAGCAGAGUGCAAAAACAAAAACAACAGCAAAAAAAAGUGAGUGAGAUUCCCGUUAGGUCCACCGCCGUGUGUGCCAUCGGAGAAGCGACGACCACCGUCGUCCGUUCCGUGUACAACAGUGCAGUGCCAUCCAGUGUUCCGAGAGCCGAUUAUGCCCUUUGGCUGCCAUUCUGCGAGAUGUUGUGAGUGGUCUCGAGGAACCGAUUUACCAACACCAACACGGGCGUUCCGUGCCAGCGAAACCAACACCAACCAGUCAGUGCUUGGUUCGGGCAACCGGAGAGUGAAUGAGUGAACAGCAUCAUUGUCGGUAGCAGCGGAGAGCAUAAAGUGAUGGAUUAACACAUAAAAGGUGCUAAAAAUUCUUGGAAAACGCAAAGCGGGUUUUCCACCAAAGGGCACGACGGUGAAAGAGAAAAUGGUCCCAGUGACGAACGGUCGUCGACUUCUUCGUGUCACCAGCAGCGUCAAGAACCGAAGAAAUUAGCGUUGUUUAGCCAACCGUGACACAAAGAGCAAGACAGAUUGUUGAAGGUGUGAAAGGAUAUUAUAUUUCCCUCGAGGGGCAUAAACGGGAUUCAUCUAGCGAGCUGGUAUCAACUCGCGGUCGGUUCGAUUCGGUAUCCGGGACAAAGGUGCCCCGGCGGAAGGCCAAUUUGGCAAGUUUAUGUGUGUGAAAGUGACACUCACAAACCGUCGGUCGGUCGUCGUCAUCGUCGGUUAUAUUCUGAUUCAACGAUGAGAGUGGUCCCCGCUCUGUGGAUUGAACAGUGAAUGAAAAAGCACAAGUAGAAGAAGAGAAAAUGAUAGUACUACUAGCGCUACCUAUACUAAUAUAUGGUGAUGAGAAGUAACCUCAAAAGAAAGUUGAUUUUUGUUGUUAUUGCCGUUGUUGUUGUGCGGUGUUGUGUCCAACUCGACUGCUCGCUUCGCGACUUUGGUUUCACGGUAUAGGAUUACUUUUCUGACAGCGAUACAGAAGGCCGUUUUUCAUCGAGGAACACCACCCCAAAAUUGGAGCCAGAGCUAGAACGUAGCGUUCGAAAUUAUGUAAUCCUUCGGCAUGGAUUUCGCGAUGCCGUGAUUGAUGAGCGAACGCAAUUCGCCAUUCAGUUGGCGCUCUCUAAUAGAUGCAAGCCGCCAACAUUUUAGAACCAGUACCACUAGCAGUAGCAACGAUGGAGAUUCAACGAUCGGAACAGAUAAUUUGCAAUCACCGAAACAGUUUGCGCCAAGGACAGCAGCAGCAACAUUACUACAACCUACAACAAAAACAACAGCAGAAGCCCCAGUCGGGCAAACGACAGCACUGUAAUAUCCCGAACCGGAUUAGCACCGAGUGGGAAUGAUAUGCAUCCGCAAGCGGCGGGGGCAGAACUAGAACAGCACAAGUGGAAAGAAUCUACGCGAGCAGCCAGAUAGCAAUGAUUCGACCACUGCAACUAAAGUCAGUAUUUGGUAGGAUGGAGAGCAGCACUAGAAGUAGAGGUAGUUGUAAUAGCAAUCGUAGCAGAAGACGACGAAGGUUUCGGGCACCGGCAGCCAGCUGUUUCCACUGGAGCGUUUGGAGCAGUGUGGCGUUACUUUUGAUCACGCUCCCGUCGCUCAAUUUCGCCACAGCUCCGAAAUACGAAACGGCGUACGCAUGCGAGGGCAAAACGCUAAUGAUCGAGUGCGAAAAUGGGGAUUUGAUCAGUUUGAUCCGUGCCAACUACGGGCGGUUUUCUAUCACAAUUUGCAACGAUCACGGGAACGUGGAUUGGAGCGUGAAUUGCAUGUCUCCGAAGAGUUUACGGGUUCUGCACUCAAAGUGUGCCCAGAAGCAGAAUUGUUCGGUGCUUGCUUCGACCAAUAUGUUUGGUGAUCCUUGCCCCGGCACGCACAAGUAUCUGGAAGCGCAUUAUCAGUGUGUCUCGGCGGCUCAGUCAUCUACGACCACCAAUCGGCCAAGUCCACCAUGGUUGAAGACGUCACAGCCAAUCGUGUGGAGUACAUCGACCGUACGGAAUCCGGUGCUCAGUAAACUGAAUUUCUCCGAUCCGCUAGCAGGCUUUGGGGCAACCUCGGUGGCAACGACCAGCUCGGUGACGACAGUGAAGGUGAAACCAACGACGCCGUAUAAGCAGCAGACGCUGAUAGUUAACCAGCAAUCUCCACCAUCGUUUCGCAACAAAGGAUUUGACAACAAAAGUGUGAACGAUGAUCUGGCGAUCAUCAAGCAGAUUAGCGAUGCAGCCGGGGGCGGCGGCGGUGGUAGUGGAAGCAAAAAGCAGCCGAAAACUGCCGCUGAUAAAAGUGAUGGUGCUCCAGAAGACGAUGAAGAUUUUGGUGAGGAUGAGGACUAUUUUCCGACGCAAACGGCAGUAUUAUCCAACGCUAAUAGAGAUAGAGAUAGUGGCGACGGUAGCAAGAGCUACGGCGAAAGCAAUGUUUCAAUAGGUGGAAGCACUAGCAGUAAGAAGAAUGAUAAUCACGACUCACCCAGCAGCAGCAGCAGCAGUAGUGGUAGUAGUAAUAGUGGUAGCAAUAGUAAUAGUAAUAGCAUAAGUGGUACCAUCGAUAGCAACAAUGCUGUGAACAAUGUGCUUGAUGUGAGUCAUGCGUGUGGUCCAACGACGGCACGCAACUUGUUUUGGAAUGUGACACGUGUUGGCGAGGCCAACGUUCAGCCCUGUCCCGGUGGGGCCACUGGUAUCGCCAAGUGGCGAUGCGUAGCAAUAGGAUCACUGACGCCUGAGCAGCGUUUGCAUUUGCAGCACGAGCAGCAACAGCAACAAUCAUUUCUAGAUGAUAAUAACAAAAGUGAUAUUAGUUUUAAUAGCAAUCUUAGCGGUAGGAAUGGUGCAGGUGGUGCUGUGGCCACAUGGUACUCAUAUCAGCCGGAUCUGACACAAUGUCGAUCGCUGUGGCUCAACAACCUAGAGAUUCGAGUCAACCAGCAGGAUUCGUCGCUGAUAUCGAUUGCGAACGAUUUAUCGCAGGUGACGAGUAGUAAAACGUUGUACGGCGGAGAUAUGCUAGUUGCAACUAAGAUCAUUCAAACGAUGUCUCAGAAGAUGCAUUUCGACAUCGAAACAAUCCCCGAUCAGCGACAGCGGGAAGCGCUAGUGUACGAGUUGUUGAAUAGUGUGGUAAAGACAGGAAGCAAUCUGUUGGAUCAAUCACAACACGCCAGCUGGCUGGAUUUAAGUGUGGAAGAUCAAAUGCGUGUGGCAACGUCACUGCUAACGGGCCUAGAGGACAAUGCCUUCCUAUUGGCCGACACCAUUUUGCGGGAGCGGCACGUAGUUCAGAAAGUAAAAAACAUCCUUCUUUCGAUACGGGUCCUUGAGACGCGCAACUUUGUCAAGAACGAAGUUUUCCCCGAUUCUAGCCAAGAACGGUGGCAGGUCAGUGACGAUCUGAUCGAGUUGCCCAAAGCUGCACUGAUUGAGAAUAGCGAAGGCGGCUUAGUGCGGAUAGUGUUUGUAGCCUUCGAUCGGUUGGAGCAGAUACUGAGGCCACAAUUUAGCAACAUUCAGCAGCCGCGAGUGGACCAAAACAAGUUGGAACAGGAUGACUCUACUGCUGCUGCUGGUUCCGGGAAGAAUGAUGUUUCUCCGACGCCUCGGCAACGACUGCUCAACAGUAAAGUGAUUUCUGCCAGCCUGGGCAAGGGACGCCAUAUUCAACUUUCCCAACCUAUACGCAUGAUUUUGAAACAUUUGCGGACAAAGAAUGUCUCCAAUCCAGCGUGUGUUUUCUGGAACUAUAUCGACCACGCGUGGUCAGAGGACGGCUGCUACGUUGAGUACACCAACACCACCCACACGGUGUGUAUGUGCAACCACUUGACUAACUUCGCUCUGCUGAUAGAUGCCAUAGACGAAACGCAACUUUCGCUGCUGUCCAUCAUCGACGACGAUAUCAAAAUAUUAAUCUACAUCAGCAUAGCAAUCUGCGUCGUUAUAGUCGUGAUAGCACUGUUUGCGCUGAAAUUGUUUAACGGAGUGUUUUCCAAAGUCCGCAACGGUCGGAGACACCACCAACCGGCCAAUAACAAUGCGGCCGAUUUGCAUUUGCCCAAUCAUCUGCAGCACCACGGUCUUAUCGGCUCGAACCAGCAUCACCAUCUGGGGGCUGGUGGCGCUACCGAUCAUCUGGAUGUGAACAUCCACCAGCAUCAGCAGCAGCAGCAGCAGUACAACAGUGCAGCCGGACUGAUGGCUGCUGAUGGUGGUCACCUGAUGCGUCCGGGGCACCACAAUCAUCACAACAAUAACAAUUUGGUUACGACUACGUUCAACAAUCUGGCACCAGCCGGGGGUCCUGGUGGACCACUCGGUGUAGGCUACGAAACUGCCACCCACCAUCGGUUGGCCGUACAGGAGCGGCUCAAUAACAAUCAAAUCAGCAGCCGCAGCAAGCUACUGCUACUACCUUACAAACCACAUCAUCAACAUCUAUAAUCGCGACCACCACCGGUAGUGGCGUUGGGCACGGGAUCGGUGGUGGUGGCGGUGCCAGUAUAGGUGGUAGCAGCA